AUGAGUCUCGAUCGUGUUUUUAUGACCCUUGGAAUGUUCAUCAUGGACCGGUUCGAGUAUCUAGACGAGAGUGGUCAACCAACUGGACGAGAGGCUCAAGAGCAGACGAAGAUAGGUGGAGGAGGAACGUAUGCAUCUAUCGGGGCCAGGAUGUUUCUUCAAGAUGACCAAAUCUCGAUGAUAGUAGACAAGGGGUUUGACUUUCAGUCAAGUGUUUUGGAGCAGCUGAGUGAAUAUGGGAGAGACAUGUGGAUAUAUCGAGAACAUGCGGACAGAGGUACAACCCGAGCACUGAAUCUCUAUCGAGGGGAGCACAGAGGGUUUGAGUAUCUCACUCCACGGCUGCGGAUCACCCCGAAAGACUUUACAUCUGCACAGAGAGCUCGCUACCUUCAUUUCAUUUGUUCUCCAACGCGAGCCCAAGAGAUCAUGCGCGAGGUUCAUGGAAUCGCAGACUGGAAUCCGGUGACCAUAUAUGAACCCAUUCCAGAUCGUUGUGUUCCAAGUGAAUUACCCGCACUUCGCGAGGUAUUACCCGACAUUCAUAUACUCAGUCCAAACGCGUUAGAAGCGUGUACAUUGCUCUCCCUAGCAUCCGACAGGGAGCCCAGCCGAGAACUCAUUGAGGCGGCUGCAACACAGCUCUACGACUUCGGUGUUGGACCAAAUGGGCAGGGAUCUGUCUUGAUUCGCAGUGGAGAGCUUGGGGUGCUCAUCCACGAUUCCACGGGUCGGCUUUGGAUCGAAGCCUAUUUCCAAAGCAGAGACUCCGACAAGGUGGUCGACGUGACGGGUGCUGGGAAUGCCUUUCUGGGCGGUCUAGCUGCCGGAUUAUAUCAUAGUAACCAAGAUGUGAGGCAAGCGGCAAUCUAUGCCAGCAUCUCUGCAAGCUUUGUGAUCGAACAGCAUGGGCUCCCAACGUUCAAGGACGGGCUCUGGAACGGAGACUCGCCAGAAAGAAGACUACAUUCACUCAGGUCACGAGUUGUAGGGUAG